AUGAAAGAGCGGAUUGUUGUGAUUGGCGCGGGCGUGAUUGGGCUGACGACGGCGCUGGAGCUUUCGCGGCGCGGGUAUCUGGUCUCCAUAGUGGCCAAGGAGCUGCCGGGAGACGAGGCCAGGUUCUACACGAGCCCGUACGCGGGGGCGUUUUUCUACCAUCUGGACUCGCUCGCCAGCAGAGGCUGGCUGGCGCAAUUGCAGGACAUCGCGUCGUACUACGAGUUUCUGCGCGUUGCCCAGGAGCCCGGCUCGGGUGUUUCAGAGCGCAUGGCCGAGGUGUACGUGCCGCGGAUGUCGAUGAAGGAGACAGGCUACGACGGGCCGUGGUUCAAGGACCUGGUGAGAAACUACGAGGUGAUCGAUCCCAGGGAGUACCCCGUGGGCGCGGCCGGCGACGACAUUGUUUUUGCGUUCAGAUACACGGGGUUCACCAUCAAUCCGGUGCAGUAUCUGCACUAUUUGCUGUACCGGUGUGCUCAGAGCGGUGUUAACUAUGUCAGACGCACGGUGGGCAGUCUGGAGGAGGCCAGGAUGCUGUUUCUGGACGGCGACGACUUUGUCGAGGCCGAUCUGGUGGUCAAUUGCGCGGGAAUCGGCGGGUUUGACCUCAACACCACCGAUAGGCAGAACCGGCUUCCUGUCAAGGGCCAGACGCUGCUGGUGGAGAACGUGGCGCGCAAACUGACGAUUGUCGAGGCAAUGGACGCGGAGCAUGCUGCCGAGUCGCUCUACGUGGUUCCGCGGGCCGGCUACGGAACGCUGCUGACAGGAACGUACCUGUACCACGAUGAUUCGCUGGACGUUGACGAAGAGCUGACUGAGAGAAUAAAGAAGAGAGCUUUGAGGUAUGCGCCAGAGCUUGUGGAGUCGGGCUAUAUGAGAAAUCCAAAGCGGCUGGUUGAGGUGCGCCAGUUUGUAGGUAUCCGUCCGGGCAGAGAGGGUGGAGUCAACGUUUCGAGAGACGGCUGGCGGAUCCACAACUACGGCUCGGCGCACUCGGGCUACCAAAACUCCUACGGGCUGGCCAAUCGGGUGGCCCGUCUGGUGCAGGAGGGGACUGUAAGAAGCAGGCUAUGA